AUGAAAUUACUCGAAGAGUUGGGUAUUCAACACAUCAUCAAUGUAUCUCAUAUUCGAUUAGACAAAGAUAUUGUUGAUAAAUAUAAUGUUCUUUGGAUUAAUCUAAAAGAUAAUUUCCGAGAAAAUAUUCAACAACAUUUCGAUCGAACCAAUGAAUUCUUACAGACAUGUAAAAAUAAGAACGAGAAAGUUCUCAUUCAUUGUCAGAGUGGUAUUUCACGUUCGACUUCAGUUAUACUUGCAUAUCUAUUAAGAUAUCAUCAUGAUACACUUCACAAUGCCUAUGGUUAUUUACUCGAACGACGUUGUAUGGCUAGACCGAAUGAUGGUUUUCUCUUACAACUCAUUCGUUAUGAGAAGGAACUACAAAUAAGGAAAACUGUUGAUGUAGAGCAAAGUUUGAACAAAUCAGUCGACACUGAUCUCAUUUCUUCAAUCGUGGACGAGAAUGAAAACGGUACCCGUGAAUUAGUUAUCCCUUCGGUUUGA